GUCGCGAGCGCACGGCGCACUCCAUGCCCGAGCACGACAAGUACCAGCUGCGUCCGCGGGCAACGCGCGCCCGCGAGCCGCGCGCGCGCCGCACGCCGCAGCCGCUCAGCAAGUACCGUAGGAAAACCGCGAACGCCCGCGAGCGCAGCCGCAUGCGCGAAAUCAAUCGCGCGUUCGAAACGCUCCGUCGCGCCGUCCCAGCCGCCGCGAUCACCGGCACACCCGUCCCGUGCGAGAAACUCACCAAAAUUACCACCCUUCGCCUAGCCAUGCGCUACAUAGCGGCUCUAACUGCCGCUCUGAGUGACUCUCCAGACACAGAUACCAGGCCGGAGCGCUGGCCGUCGCCUUACUGCUCGGAUCUGUCCGAGUUCUCGACGGAAUUAGAACAGGAGACCACGUCGGAGUUCGCCGAGGAUUCCCUGUCGCCGUUCGAUUCGUUCUUCGCGGAGUUCGACUACGAGUACAUAGACAGGACUUUUGCGUGACACCCAGUGCAGUGAUUUUGUGAUUUUAAGGACUUUUUUGU